ACGUAGCACAUCGAUCCUCAAAAUGCAGUUGGGAAAAGCUAUCAUUCUGCUGCUGCUCACCAUCCAGCAAAGCUGCCUGGCUUUGUACAUCAAGAACUGGAGAAGAAUCCUCAAAGACUGGACCCAAGACGACUGGGGAGUCUUUAAGAACACACUCGGACUAAGCCAAGAAAAAGUUGAACUAUUAAAGUCGCAAAAGGAUCAACAGGACAAGGAGCUGCUGAACCGCUUUAUUUUGGAGAACCCCAAAGCUUUGCCCAAGGCCAAACAACCCGACCAAUUUCUGGCCCUCUACAGAUCCAUUCUCAAGAAACUCACCGCCUCCAAACGCAUGCUGAAAACCUCUCUCAACUUUGAGCUGGCCGACAAACCCCAAAAGGAACUGAAAAGGCCACGCAGGAAAAUCGCCGUCAAGAUGGUUUCCGAUAUGCCAUCCUGGAAAAUCGAGAGCCUGCUGAACUCUUUCUAUCUCAAGCACGGAAUCCCAAGGAACGCCGAGGAGCAGGACUAUCCCGACUUGGAUAUGGUCAGGGAUACUGAUUACGACGACUCUGAUAAUUUCUACGACGACGAAGGCGACGUGGGUCUAGCCGCCAAAACACGACAAAAUACCGAAUAUGGAUCGUUUCAGGAUCUGAUAAUGCAGGCCAAGAUGAACGAGUGGGAGCGAGAGAGCGAGGAAACCAAAUUGCACAGCCCCGACAGCGAUGACUAUAUUUAA